GUGAGAUUCGUAAUCAGGCUUGGUACAUGAAGACACCUGCUCACAUGUUCUUUGGGGGCCUUCUGCCUUUCUGCAUGAUCUUCUUCAUGAUGAAUGAUAUCUAUGCAAGCUUGUACAGUUUGAAAGUCUGUGGUGCAUUUAGUACCAUGUUUACGGCCUUCCUUCUUGUCAUCAUACUGACUGUGUCGGUGGGAAUGGGCUGUACACACUAUCAGCUGUCCAAUCAAGAUAACCAAUGGUGGUGGAGAUCUGUGUUUCGUGGGGGAUCAAUUGCCAUUUUUAUGUUUGCGUAUGGCCUCUAUUUCUAUGCUAGAGCAAGCGCUAGAAUUUCAAUGAACCUGCUACAGUUCCUGGGCUACAAUGCUUGCAUAUUCUAUGCUGUCUUCUUGAUACUUGGAACCAUUGGCUUCUAUGCUUCAUCAAUUAUUUCCAAACGUGUACACCGAGGUCUAAAAGAGUUGUGACCUGGAAACUCAAUUCAAUAGGAUCUGUGGGAUGAUAUGAGCUGUGCUUUUCUUAGAUAAGUACUGGAAGGCAGCUGAGUUGGCAUUAUAGUCAGUCGUUAGUUAGGAUGUGUAUUGGGAAGGGAAUUGUACUAUAAGAAGCCAUAGUUAAUU